AUGAGAAACGAGGCCAAAACUCGCAACCUCAUUCUGUUUUGGAAUUUGAGGGGCCUCUCGGCGUUAAUAUUCACGCCCGUCUCUCCUUUUUUUCUGUAUAUUCAAAAGCGUUAUUCUCUCAGCUUCUUUACAGUCAUCAUGGGCGAGCACUCAGCAAUCUGGCAAAGCUAUGUCGACACCAGCCUGAUGGGCUCGUUUCAAUUCGACAAGGCCGGUAUUCUCGCCGCUGACUUCUCCGGUGUUGAGGCUGCCUCGCCCGGCUUCGCGCUCUCUCAGGAGGAGAUCAACUCCCUGAUCACCGCUUACACUUCUAGCGAGAAGGCCUUUUCCUCUGGCUUCUCUGUCUGCGGUGAGAAGUUCGUCACCAUCCGGGCUGACGAGCGCAGUCUAUAUGGCAAGAAGGGUAAGGAGGGUGUCAUUAUUGCCCGCGCCUCCUCUUGCACCAUCAUCGGCCACCACGGCGAGAAUGUCCAGACUACCAACGCGGCGACCGUUGUCGAGAACCUCGUUGAUUACCUCAACAACCCCCGGUAA